UUCUCGAAAGAACCAGUCGUUUGCGUGUGUGUGUGUGUGUCAGAGUGUCUCGCUGCGUGCGAAUGUGUGUGCAUAAAAAGGCAUAGAGGCAAGGAGCGAAAGAGAAAGAGCGAGAAAUAGCUUAUAAGGAUAUAUAGCAAAAGAGCGAGAGAGAGACGGGAGAAGAAGCAGCAGCGACGCCGACAACAACUCUUCUGAAUGCUGAGAAACCCGAAGAGGUGAAAUUCCAGCUACAAGGAGACGCUUACUCACUUCCCCUGUGGAACACACAGCCCACAGAUCACAUCAGAUCUUUACAGAAGCAUAUAUUUAAUAUAGAAAGGACGCAGAGGACAGCGGAGGAAGGACGAAGCGAAGGAGAAAGGCGCCCCCCUCGUUUCCCGCCCAGCCAACAGCCGUGUGAAACCGUCUUGAAUGGAUCCAUUUGUUGGCUGGUUUCAGAAGGAACAGGAGGGACCAUCGCUGCGCACAUGGUUAAAGAUUUGGGAGACGAAUGCCCAGGAGAUGGGCGCAUUGCUUGAUCAGCAGCUACAGCAGGCGACGACGACCAACGGCGGCAUUAGCAGCAAAAACAAUAGCAGCGCUAACAACAGCAGCAACUCCACCAACAAUAUUGGUAACAAUUCAACGGGCAAAUCCUACUUAUCGCGACCCAACAGCUCUUUGAGUCGGGUGUUGAACUUCCGCGCGGAUUCCCUAGAGAUCCUGCAGCAGCAACUCAACGGAACAUCGCAGCGCCACAGCAUCAACACCACCACCAGCGGGAACAGCAGCAGCAACACCAGCACGUCGGCUGAUUCAACAACGAAUCGGGACAAUAACUCACCCGCCAACAGCACCUCCACCAACGGACCCGGAGGAGCUCAAGGGACGGCAACAGGAGCUACCGGCACCGGCACCGUCACCGUUACCGGCACCAGCAGCCCGGCGACCACAGCGGCAACCACAACUGCGACCACGACCGGUCCAGCCACCAGUAUGAGCGACACCAGCAACAACCCGCCACAGACAACGACCACGCCCGCCAGUCGCACGAACAGCAUCUACUACAAUCCGUCGCGCAAGAAACGGCCGGAGAACAAGGCCGGCGGGGCCCACUACUAUAUGAACAACCACAUGGAGAUGAUCGCCAAGUACAAGGGCGAGCCGUGGCGCAAGGCCGACUAUCCGUAUGGCGAGGGCGUCAUCGGGCUGCACGAGGAGAUCGAGCACUUCUACCAGUACGUCCUGCCCACGCCCUGCGAACACGCCAUCCGCAACGAGGUGGUCAAGCGCAUCGAGGCCGUUGUCCAUUCCAUCUGGCCACAGGCGGUGGUCGAGAUCUUUGGCUCCUUUCGCACCGGCCUCUUUUUGCCCACCUCCGAUAUUGAUCUCGUUGUGCUAGGUUUGUGGGAGAAGCUACCGCUGCGCACGCUGGAAUUCGAGCUGGUCAGCCGCGGCAUCGCCGAGGCUUGCACAGUGCGCGUCCUGGACAAGGCAUCCGUGCCGAUCAUUAAGCUGACGGACCGGGAAACGCAGGUGAAGGUAGACAUAUCGUUCAACAUGCAGAGCGGCGUGCAGUCGGCGGAGCUUAUUAAGAAGUUUAAGCGCGACUAUCCAGUGCUGGGGAAGCUGGUGCUGGUGCUCAAACAGUUUCUACUGCUCCGCGAUCUCAACGAGGUGUUCACGGGCGGCAUUUCCUCCUACUCGCUGAUCCUCAUGUGCAUCAGCUUCCUUCAGAUGCAUCCGCGUGGCAUUUACCACGACACAGCCAAUCUGGGGGUGCUCCUGCUCGAGUUCUUCGAACUGUACGGACGCCGGUUCAACUACAUGAAUAUCGGCAUCUCCAUAAAGAACGGUGGCCGCUACAUGCCCAAGGAUGAGCUGCAGCGCGACAUGGUCGAUGGGCAUCGGCCCUCGUUCCUGUGCAUCGAGGAUCCGCUGACGCCGGGCAACGAUAUCGGACGGAGCAGCUACGGCGUCUUCCAGGUGCAGCAGGCCUUCAAGUGUGCCUACCGCGUCCUCGCCCUCGCCGUCAGUCCGCUCAACCUCCUCGGGAUCGAUCCGCGCGUCAACUCCAUACUGGGUCGGAUCAUCCACAUCACUGACGACGUCAUCGACUAUCGCGAAUGGAUCCGCGAGAACUUCGAGCACCUGGUGGUGGUGGACCGCAUCUCGCCGCUGCCCACUGCCGCUCCCGCUGCGUACGCCACCUCCAAUGGGGCUCCCAAAUAUGUGAUCAUGCCCUCGGGCGCCGUUGUCCAGCAGCUGUACCACCAUCCGGUGCAGGUGCCCACCGCUCACGGGCACAGCCAUGCGCACGGCCACAGUCACGGCCACGCGCAUCCCGGCGGCCACCUCGGCCAGCCGUAUGUGACCGGGUCCGCCACAUCCGCCGUGACAACAACGACGACGGUGGCGGUGGUGGGCGUGGGCGUGGCGACCGGCGGUGCCCAACAACAACAGCAGCAGCAACCGAAUGCGUCGGCCCAUUCCCACGCACAGCAGCAGUCGCAGAACCAAUCGCAGUCGCGUCACAGACGUGGCAGCACCUCCUCGGGAGAUGACUCCGAGGACAGCAAAGACUGCGAUGUGGUAGAGACGACGUCGGGUGCCCAGGAGGUCAUCGACAUAACGCUGUCGCCACCGAAUGGCCUGAGCUCCAUGUCCAUGCCGCUGCCGGUGCUCGCCGUUGGCAUGGCCUCGUCGAGCAGUUGGAGCGGCAAUGCCAAUGGCAACGGUAGCGGGAACGGGAAUGGCAACGGGAGCGGGAGCGGAAACGGAAACAGCAGCUCAUCCACGGGCUCGUCGCCGGAAAACGCCCACAUCGCUGCCCAGGAGAUGGACCCAGAGCUGGAGGAUCAGCAGCAGCAGCACCAGCACCCGGAGACAUCCGGAAAUAGUGGCACCACCGGAGGUGUCGGUGGGUCCGGAUCGGGCACCGGCAGGGGAGGCGGCGGAGACGGCAGUGGUGGACGCAACUACAACCAGCGGGGCAACCACAAUUCAAGCGGCUACUACCACCAGCAGUACUACGUGCCACCGCCGAUGCAGCAGCAGCUGAGCAAGUCCAACUCGAACUCCUCCUCCUCCAAUUAUCACCAGCAGCACCAUCACAGUCACAGCCAUAGCAACCACAGUCACCGGCAGCAGCACCACCACCAGCAGCAGCACCACCAGCAGCGGCCGCAGCAUCUGCGGCUGGGUGGCGGCAAUCGCUACCAGAAGUCCGUGGGCGGAUCGCCCACCAUCAGUGCCGGCAAUGCAUCGAACAGCAGCAGCAACAGCAGCAACAGUAGCAGCAGCAGCGGCAGCAACAGCAAUAGCAAUAGCAACAACAACCGACUGCCGCCUCUGCGGGGCACGCUGGUGAACUCAUCGUCGGCUAUAUCAAUCAUUUCCAUAUCCUCAGAGUCAUCCAUUGCCAGCAGCAGCUCCAGCUCGUCGAGAUCUGGGCAGGAUCAGCAGCAAAACGAGCGGGACGAGCGAUAGGAUUAGGGUAUAUGAUCUAUGAUAUAGGAAAUAGGAUAUAGGAUGAGAUUGUGAAUGAGAGAGAGAAAGAGAUAGUUACGAGUUAGCAAUAUUUAUGGAUUAUAUUUCUUUCUCAGGUUAACUGCAAACUAUGCUGCAUUUUUCUAAUUAAUAUCCCCAACUCCUCCCUUCCCUUCCUCCCACCAUACACAAUCCAAAAAAAAAAUAAUGGUUAGACUUUAUUUUACAUUGCUGUCUCGCUUAAACUAGAAGAGCGAAGGAAACCUACUAAGCUUAAUAUUAGGAACUUUGCCUCUGAUUUCGCUAAACGUAUUUCAUUUUGUUUCUAAAAUAAACAUGAAAGCAAAAUAUAUAUAUAUAUAUAUAUAUAUAUAUAUAUAGAUAUAUAUUAGAUAAAAAAGGUAUAAAUAUAAAUGUAAACUCAUAAUUAGAUUUUAAUGGUUUAAAAGAGCGAUAAACUGAAGUAUGAAAUUAGCUGCUAACAUAUUUAAGGUCCGCGAACAUAUGUUUAAAAAUCUCUCUAGAACUCCAUGUUCCCAUCCCCUAUUACCCAUUUUCACACGCAUUACAACUUGUAAAGUACUUUGUAGUUUCUAAAAUGCUCUACAUUUUAAGCAAAUGUUUUGUGAACUAAAAAUCCCCCCAUCCUGUUACCCCCCCCAUCCCCAAAAAAAAGAACAAAACAACGGAAAUCCUGCGCGCAAUUCUUAAGAUACUAAUACUAAGUGAAUUUGCGCGCUAACUGUAAAAAAAAGUAACAUAACCAAAAGCUAAAAAUCCCAUCUCCCUAGAAACCCAAAAACGAUACAAAAAUGCGCCAUCUCCCACGUAACUUCUGAUAACUUUUUAUUAUUUCGAGUUAAUUUUAUGCCUGAAAUGUAAAUGUUUUUAUUAUUACCACUAUUACGAUUAUGAUGAUUAUUAUUAUUAGUUUUUAUAACUAUGCUUAAAGAAUCGUAAGCCAACUAAAAUUGUAUGAACACAUUGCCCAGACCCAAAGCAAUUGUGUUUUAAAACAAAAGCAAACAAAAAAAAAACAAAACAAAAGAAACCAAAAACACAAAAACGACAAAAAAAAAAACAAACCUACAACAAGAAAUCCAUCUUUUUUUUAUCCUUUUUAAGUUGAAUUGAUUAUUAUGAUUAUGCAAUGUGCAUUUUGCAUAGAUUCCUGCCAUUUGUUUGUAUAGUUCAGAUUUCAGAAAGCUCUGUAAAUACUUAGUUACCGCCCCUGUGACAACCACACCCCGCCCCACCCACCACACCCCCUUCUAAACGCACUGCCAUUUUGAGAAAGGUUUUUAAAAAAAACGUCGAAAAGGAGCUAGCAGAAGAGUAGAAAAGAACAUUUAGACUUUGUACAUGUAUAACAUUUUAGGCUGUUCUUCUUUCCAUUUGUAAGAGAAAACAAAGAAAGCAAAACAAAAAAAAAACCAAACAUGAAAAAAACAAAAACCGAAAUAAUUGUAAAGCCACUCAAAUAGUCUAUGAAUAUGUUUGUCGAUCGUUUUGUAUGCGAGUCUUGAAAAGAGAUCAACUUCGGAUAUGUAAUACUAGGCAGCAAUGUUUGAAUUUUUAUUUAAAAGUCCAACUUCUUUUUUUUGAUCCAUGUGAGAUCGUAAAUGACAGACAAACACUUAUAAAAUGUGCGUCAAAUAUUUUCUCAAUAUUAAAAUAUUGCAUUUUUUAAAGGAUGUCAGAAUUUUUGAACGCCAGUUGUGGAAAAGAUUUAAAAUGAUUAUUAGUACACUAUUAUUUUGCGUCGUUAUUUGUAUUAUUAUUUUUUAUUCAAAUAACCUAAAGAAAUAAGAACAAGUGUAAACAUGCUUUCCAAGAACUAUAUAAGUUCUAUAAGUUUUCCAUUUAUUAGUUUUUUUUUUAGUCAUUUAAGGACCCUCAAUGUUUUAUGGAAAAGAGGUUUGGUACUUUAUAUACAUAAACAAUUUUUUUUUUCUGUUGCCUAGUGUGAAUUAAGCGAUGUCCAGUGUUGGCAAAGACCGAAGUGCUCUCUCCCUUUCGCACGAUGACUCCUACAAGCUUGCAGCUGAGCUUUGAAGCCCACCUUACACACACUUUCUCGCUCACUCACAUCACAAUGACACACACACACACACACCACACAGGCGCAUUAGCACUCACACGGCCACACCAACAGAGAGGGACACUUAACGGUAAAGUUAGCAUAGAAAGUUGAAGAAAGCUAGGAGCAGUAAGUGAGAAUGAGAUAGCGAUAGCAAAAGAGAGAGAGUAAUGUAUAAGAAUUAUUAAAUUUAUGCACUCGUCUGUUGAAUAUUUAUAUGAAUUAUAUGUAUGUAGUUACUAAUAUUAACUAAUUGAUAAAUAUACAAUAUUUAUAUGCAUAACUUGUGGAUUAAUGUGGACAAACAAAUGUUUAGAAUUAGCGAUCUAGCCACGUAAGACUCGAAAAUCGUAAAUCGACAACUACUUAGACUACAUAACUGUGUACCAGAGCAUAAUUAAGCACUCCCACACACACAAAAUACACCACUAAACACACAGACACCCACGCAUAAUCGCUAUGAAUGUUGAGGUUAUGUCUUAGAUUUUUCAAUAUCCGAUCACUGUUCGCCUAGCAUAGAAAGUAAGCCGAAGAACUAACUGUAAAACUAACUUAUUUCUUUACUGGAUUCCAUGUGUCUCGUCCUUUCUCCUUCGUUUUCGUUUGCGUUAUCGUUUCGAUUUUUUAUAUUCCCAAAAUCUUCUCCUAUCCUUCCAUAAAAUGCAUAUGUCCUGUGUGCCGUUGUUGUUAUAUAUACAUUAUACUCGAAAACAUUUUUUGUCGUCGCGAUAUUAGUGGGUAUUAAUAAAUUAAAUUAAAUUUAAUUAACUACAUUUAACGCAACUAAAUUCAAUUCAAGUGAAUCAAAUGAAACGAUCGAUACAUGUAUAUGAUAGAGUUCAAUAGCUGUGUAAGAAUCGGAAUCGUAACAAUUUAGUACGCAAAAAUCGUAAAUCUAACUGAUUGUAUAAUUAGCGAAAAGAGAAAACGGAAGCGAUAAGCAAAACGAUGCGACAAAUAAAAGCCGGCAAAAACUAAAA